CGUAUAUUACACUAUAUUGACUUUCAGUAAUGCAGUAGAAUUUGUGCAUCGUUUUAAAUCCGAAUGCCUAUGUCAGCAGGUCAAUAUUUGUCAUAAAUCUCGAUUUUAUUUUAUUUUUGGAAUACUUUAUGAUCUACAUUAAGCUAUAACGGGGAAACUCCACUUUUUUCCUGGAUAUGCAGCUCUCAUGUAGAUUUGUUUACUCGAUUGAUGUCUAAGAUGGCUGUUUAUUAUUAUAUGUAUAUAGGUUACUGUCACAUUCAGAUGGGCUGGCUCUCAAAACCUAGUGUGCUGCCUACCUACAGUAGACAGCGUUUUUGGUCAUCAUGUCUAUCUCACGUGUCUGUAAUGCUCAAAAAAAGCUGUCUUUGUUGGCAGCACACUCUGCUUUAGGAUCUUGGGAACAUGGGACCCUUGGCCCGUCCAGUCAGAAGAUGCUAAUUUUCAUAUGAAAUGCCCCAUUCUGCUGUUUGAUAAGUGGAUGUGCUCUAGUUCAGGUGCUGGUGUUCUGUAGGGUUCUAGAGGAUCGGGUUUGGGUUGCAUAGUUCGACAGUAGCUUGUUAGGUUUUGACAUAAACCUUGGAUGAACACUCCAUGGAAAGACACCCUGCGGCAGGCAUCAUGACCACAGCUAGGUACCGACCCACCUGGGAUUUGGCCCUGGACCCACUGGUGUCCUGUAAGCUGUGUCUUGGAGAGUUUCCCUUGGAGCAAAUGACCACCAUCACCCAGUGCCAAUGCGUCUUCUGCACCCUGUGCCUGAAGCAGUAUGUGGAACUUCUCAUCAAAGAGGGCUUUGAAACAGCCAUCAGCUGUCCAGACUCAGCCUGUCCAAAACGUGGACAUUUACAAGAAAAUGAGAUUGAAUGCAUGGUGGCCACAGAGAUAAUGCAGAGGUACAGGCAGCUGCAGUUUGAGAAGGAGGUGCUGCUGGACCCGAGCCGGACCUGGUGCCCGUCCUCCACGUGCCAGGCCGUGUGCCAGCUGAAGGAGUCUGACACGGCGCUUCCGCAGUUGGUGCGGUGCAAUGUUUGCACACUUGAGUUCUGUUCUGCCUGCAAGGCCAGCUGGCACCCGGACCAAGACUGCCAAGAGAACGUUCCCAUCACCGCGUUUCUGCCCGGAGAGAGCAGUUCAUUCUUUAAGGCUGACGAUGACAACGUCCCCAUCAAACGCUGUCCCAAAUGUAAAGUCUACAUAGAAAGAGACGAGGGCUGUGCCCAGAUGAUGUGUAAGAACUGCAAGCAUGCUUUCUGCUGGUACUGCCUGGAGUCCCUGGACGACGACUUCCUCCUGAUCCAUUAUGACAAAGGACCCUGCCGGAACAAAUUAGGCCACUCCAGAGCCUCCGUGAUCUGGCACAGAACGCAGGUUGUUGGAAUCUUUGCUGGUUUCGGCCUCCUCUUACUGGUAGCCUCUCCGUUCCUGCUGCUAGCCACACCAUUCGUGCUGUGCUGUAAGUGUAAGUGCAGCAAAGGCGACGAUGACCCUUUACCCACCUAAGAGCCCGGCGAGAGCAGUCCCUGUACGGGGAAUUUCGGUCAUCUCCUUUAAUCGUUUUUCUUUUCCUCCUCCGCCUUCGAGCUCUUCAUCAACCGGUGGGACAUCUCACGCUGCGGUUACUGUCACAGCUAGCUGAGUAGGCUCCAUCCCAGCAGGCCUGAUGAGACUAACGGAGACUUCAUGAGCCUGCUGCUUGCUUAGGUGGAGGAUUCGAGAGCUGGGGGUUCCCUCCACAGUAACAAAAGAGAUGUUACUGAAGGAGCACAGCGCUGUUCCAUCCCGGCGCUUGUCUGUUUUGUAGAUGUUUAGCAUAUUUGGCUGUUCUGGAUGGUUCUGUUCUAAUAGAACAUAUAUUCAGUGUGUUUAUGUCUGUUUCUAUAUGCGUAGUAGCAUUUCAGUCCCACGCCUAUUCUUUAUUACUUUUUUUGCACAGAUAAGGGGCUUUUUGUCACUUUAAAUGCUCUAGAGUGAGUAGAUUUCAGUUUUGACUCAAAUUUAUAGCUUAAAUAAUACUUUAAAUGUUUAUUAACUGCUAAAUUUUGCAUUCAGAAGUUUUCUUUUUUCAUGUCAAUUUAUUGUCUUUUAGUUUGAAACUUAUCGAUAAACCUAGUUUGAUUUGGCAGAUUUAGGCUGUUGAUGUCAUCAGGAGAUGAUAUUUGCCAUUGAAAUUUCUCUCAGUGCACUUAAACGUAAUUUUUUGCCUUGAGUGACCUCCCUUAAACAUAAAUAUGAUUCCAAAGCAGGGCUGUUCUGUGAGUUUACAAUGCCAAAUAUUGACGUAAUGAAAGUGUCACUUAGACGACACUUUAACCUUAUCUGAACACCCAACAUUUAAACGAGAACUGUCAAAAUGCUGAAACCAAUUAAAACAUUUUUAACCGUUACCUCGUUACCUUUUUUUUUUUUGUUUUUUUUUUUGUUUUUUUACUCCUUGGUCAUUUUCUCCAGUGAAAUGUGACAUCUGGUCAUCAUGUUAUUUUUGUCAGAUAGUUUGAAACUUGCAUACAGUUUGUAUCACUUAAAAAAAAAAAAAAAAAAAAAAAAACAUUUUGAAAUUUUGGAACGUUCCCUGUAAUUCUGGCUGGGAUUAUACACUGAUUUCGAGACUGUAUGGCUUAACAUAUUUACAAGUCCAGCACUGUAUCUAUGCAAGUUCAUAUAACUUGAAGAUAAAAAAAUAUGGUUUCUGCUGUCUUGAGUUAAAUGGUUUUUGUGGGCAAGUUAGUGUAUUUUAAUUAAAAGGCUAAAUACU